AUGUUGAUCAGGGCCGGUAUUGGAAAUAUUGCGCUUGUUGGGAGACCUUUCAAAUUGGCCCCCUUGCGCGGCCCAAUUGGCAGAAAGUUAAUUUUCGGGUUCCCGCCCAGCGCAACCGCUAGCAUAUUUGUGCGAGCGAAGUGUGACAAAAAGCACACCACAAUUCCUACUCUGUCCGAAAUUCGUGAAAGUCUAUACACCGUCCCCAAUGCGUUGACUUUCACCAGACUCGUUGCUGCGCCCGUGGUCGGGUAUUUGGUGGUUUCUGGACACACCACGUGGGCCCUGGGUCUUUUUGCAUAUUCCUGUGUGACAGAUUUCGUUGACGGCUUCAUUGCCAGGCGUUACAACUGGCGAUCGAAAGUCGGUUCCAUUAUUGAUCCAAUGGCAGAUAAGGCACUAAUGGUGAUAUGUACUGCCUGUCUGUCCCACAUUGGCGCGGUGCCGUUGUAUUUGGCAGCACUUAUACUCGGCAGAGACAUAAUGCUGCUACUGGCCGGCAUCGUGAUUCGAUACAUAUCGCUGCCUGCUCCAAGAACAUUUCGACGGUACUGGGACUUUUCGCUUAUCACAGUCGAAGUGCGCCCAACAACGAUUAGCAAGAUCAAUACCGCUCUCCAGAUGGCAUAUCUGGGAGGCCUGAUGCUGAGUCCACUUAUAGACCUGGGUGCGGGCCGUUUGGAAUACCUCGUGGCUGCCACCACUGUGCUGAGCGGGUUGUCCUACAUAUUCAGCAAAACCGCAGUGCGCAGAAUUGCCAAAAACUAG